GGAUCUUUCCGCUAAUUUCGCAAAAUUCUUCGCUCGACCCGAGUGUCUGCGGAGUUGACCGCAGUAGAUAAAGGCAUGAAUUAUGCCAAAACGUAAUUAAAAGUGUGUGAUGUGUUACCAUGCUUUCGAUAUUGGCUGUCUUCAGUGUCGCAGUCUUCAUGACACCCGGACUGUGCUGUCUGUCAAAGGAAUAUGCAGCAAGGGAUGGCCAAUGUUGCCCGAUGUGUCACGAAGGUACAGUUGUUCGAAGAGACUGCACCCCUGAGUCCGGCACGCGGUGCGUCUCCUGUGGGAGCAGGACCUUCAUGAAUCAACCCAACGGCCUGACUCAAUGCUUCUCCUGCACCUCCUGUGCAGGUCACGGGCUCAUUGCCCAACAAGGCUGUACAGCAACAGCAGACACCGUUUGUGAGGUUGUCAGUGGAUAUUUCUGCAAGGCCUUGAUGGAUGAUACAGGAUGUAGUUUGGCACAAUCACAUCGGCAAUGUGGAGCCGGUCACAGGACACAAGAACCUGGAACCAGCAGAACUGACACAGUGUGUGAAAGUUGUCCGGCAGGCUAUUUCUCAAAGGAUGGUGUGAAUUGCACCGUUUGGACUACUUGCUCAGCAAGUCAAGGAAAGGCGAAAGAAGGAAGUACAAGUAGUGAUGUUGUCUGUAUAGCUUCAAGACAGCGUUUCUGGUAUACAGCUCUUAUAUUACCAUUUUUAACAGUUGUUGGCCUUGGGAUCAAAGGGAUACUAUCGAAAGAAACAUCCGAAUCCCCUGUUCCUUCAGGUGGAGCCGCACCUGAGUGAAGGUCUCCGUCUGGCUCGCCAGGAUCCAACCAGCUUUUAGCAAUGUUGCAAUCUUGUUCCACCGUAUUUCCAAUGGCUGAUGUGUCCUUGAGCAAGACACUUAACCCUGCAUUGUUCCCUGUAGCUGUGUCUACAGUGUAUGAAUGUAACAUGAUUGUAAGUUGCUUUGGAUAAAAAGCGUCAUGUAAUGACAUGUAAUGUAAUGUAAUGUAAUAUCUUUAAGUAGUUUAUAGCCUAAUUAUUAAGUAUACAAAGUAGUUCAAAUGAGGUGACAGAGCUGGCAAUACCCUUGUUGGAGCUAUUUAAUUGAUAUUAGUAUUUAGUUAUUUUAUUGACAAGUAGUAUUGUUUAAUCAUUCAGGUUGUUUGCUUAUUUAGGUUAGAUGUUUUGAUAUAUUAGAAUAGCUUUUUUCUUGUGAUAGUUUUUAGUUUAGUUUAAUUCUUUAUUGUUGUUAAUAAAUUAUCAGAAAAACGG